AUGAAUCACAACACAACACCACCAUCCAACAUGAAGAGAUCCAAGAAACCAAUGCCGCUAUUUGGUUUAUUCCGUAAAAACAAACCUGAUCCAAUUGUUCCUCAUCAGCAGCAGCAACAAUCUCCUUUGGGAUCUGGUAUCUCAUCUGUGCCUUUUAAUUCCAUGCUAUCGCCUACCUACUACCAUCAGCAGCAAGCAGAUCCUUACUCUCCACCUAGAAUACCAAAGCCAUCUGUAUCGGAUUCUCGCAAACCUACUAGACAGCAACCACCACAGCCGCCUCAACAGCAGCCACAGCAACCACAGCAACAAAGACAACGAACAAGACAAAGAUCCAAAUCUGUGGGCAGAGAUCCAUCCACCAUGGUGCUGGAAGGAAGAGAAUUAGCACUGAAUAAACUAUGUAAAAGGGAACCAUCAUCAUCGCUGGCCGAUUCACUUCCUCUUUUAUCACCCACUUACAAGACAACUGCACCACCCGUACCUCCUAUCCCAUUAAAACAUCAGCCCAGCAGCCAUAGUAUGCGUAAAUUCAGCUCUGCCCAUGACUUGAGAAAAGCAGCUAAAUUACAACAAGAAUCAAUGAACCAACAGGUUCCAUUACCCAUCAAGCAUGAACAACUCUCUCGUUCUAGAUCUCUCUCUGCAUCGCCACGUAAAUUACAUACGAGCAAAUCGCAUCAAAAUUUGGUCAAAUCACCUACUACACCCACUUGGACAAGAAGCUAUAAAAAAUCAUUCAAACCACCUGCUGCGUUGGAUUCAGGUGAUGAUGACGACGACAAUGUGCCCUUGGGCUAUUUGCAAUCACCUACAAGCAAACCAUCCAGUUUGCUCAGCGAUCAAGAAGAAGACGAUGAUAAAGAUCUGGUUCCCAUUGCCGUAUUGGAUAUAAAACCAACCGAAGAAUUUCAAACAGCAGCAGACAAAUACAAGUUAAAGGUCAAAGAAAGAUUGCAGUUUGAUGACCACUCAAGUGGCCAAGAAGAAGAAGAAGACGACGAUGAUGAUAUCCCCAUUUCUUUAGCUUUAAUGUCUCCAAAAUGGAAAAAGAAGGAAAUAAAGCGAUUUUAA